UUUUUUUUUAAUAUUCAUGAUAAGGCCCAAUUGGCAAACAUUUCACUGUACUAAUAAUCAAAAGAAAACAACAAAUAAUAAUAUGAAAACGACAAAAAGGAGGGCAUUUUCAGAGUCAACUGAUUUUAAUGACAAUAAUAACUAUCAACGUUUUAAACAAAUAUGGAAAUUAUUAUCACCAUUGCAUCAGCACCAUCCUCAUCAUGAUCAAUCUCAGGCAUCAUCAACAAAGUCAUUAUCCAUUACCAAAAUAGUGAAUUCAAACCAGUUUAGGAUUUCUUCUUCACUACCUUCUGAAAUUGAAUUUAACAUGAUACCAGACAACGACAACCACGACAGUAACUAUGACAACAAGAGUUAUAUCGACCAUCUUCGUCGGCAUGAUGCUAUUGUUAUGCCUUCAACAAAUGAUAAUAAUGAAAAAGAGGGGUCGAGGAAUAAGUCUUUCAGUAAUGAGCAUGGCGAUAUUAUUACAAAGCCAAAUCUUCGCACAAAGUCUUUAUCAGACACGACAACCACACUGCCUACUUUAUCAUCAUCAACAUCCUCAUCCUCAUUUAAAAGUCGAUUAGUAACCAAGCGUUAUAAUAGGCGGAAAAAAGCGGGCAUUGAAGGGAAAUUUCAUAAAGAUGUGAUUGGUGUUACUUUUCUUGAAAUUUGUCAUGCAAAAGACUUGCCACCAGAAAGAAAUUUGACACGUACAAGUUUUGAUAUGGAUCCAUUUGUAGUUGUUUCGUAUGGUACAUCUAGCUUUCGAACGAGUGCAGUUCGACAUAAUUUAAAUCCUGUUUGGAACGAGAAGUUAUUUUUCCAUGUUCGACAUCAUGAAACUAAAUUUCAUUUAAAAUUUACAGUCUACGAUCGAGAAAAGUUUUCAGGAAAUGAUCUUGUAGCUUGGUGUCAGGUGCCACUUCAAGACAUUAUCUUCAAUAAUAAUAAGGAUAAAGAAUCAAAUGAUAUGGAUCUUCAUACAUUUCCUUUGCAGAUGGCUAAUUUUGACAAAUGGAAACAUAAACGUCGUCCUACCUUAACAAUCCGCGCAAAGUUUAUGCCCUAUGAUCAGAUACGAAAGAUGUUUUGGAUUGCUCUAGCAAGGACAUAUGAUGUAAAUAAUACAGGUUCCUUGACAAAACUUGAGGUUCAAUCCAUGCUCGAGACAAUUGGCUCUACUAUCUCUGAAUCUACUAUUGACAGCUUUUGGAUCAAGAGAGGCAUGGAUCCGAAUAAAGAAGAUAAUAAUAAAUUGACACUUGAUCAGCUUGUGGAAAGUUUAGAGGAUCAUAUGCGAUCUGACGAUGAUGAGAUAUUUGAAACAUCGGUAGUAGUAACACCUGAUAGUUAUAAACAGGGAAUAAAAACAGACGAUGAUGAUGAUGAUGAUGAAUUACUAGAAGACAUUCAAGCUGGUAUUGUAAAUACAUCUAUAGGUAUAGAGGAGGAGAAGAUAGAAAAAGAAGAUGAGGACGAGGACGAGGAAGAAUACGAGGAAGAUGACGAUUAUGAUGAUGAAUGGGCACAAAACAAUGAUUGUGACAAUGACGAUAUCAUUGAAGACAUGGAAAGAGUAAUGACAUUAGAUGAAGAGGAUAAUCAAUUGGUAUAUACUAUUCCAAAUUCAGUUCUAUUUGAUUAUUCUUCUUCUCUGAUGCCCUCUAUUAUGGAACCAAAUCUCGACUUGGGUGAAGUUUUAAUAAAAGAGGGAGAUAAGAACAGAAUGUUAAAUUCACUUGAUUCUACUAUACCCAAAUCCAAUAAUAAUAAAUCAUCGGAUAUUCCUAGUUUACAACAACCAUUCUUAGCCAGUUCCACUAAUACUCUAUCAUCCGCUCGUCGACGUAGGGGUACUGAAAAAGUAAUUCGACUUAAAGAAUGCCCUAUCUGUCAUCGACCCAACUUGUCGAGAAAAACACAAAUGGAUAUCAUUACUCAUGUAGCAACAUGUGCUGCCAAUGAUUGGACAACUGUAGAUCGAUUCUUAAUGGGCAAUUUUCUGACAGAAGCAUAUGCACAACGAAGGUGGUUUGUCAAACUUGUUCGUAUAGUAGGUUAUGGUAGGUACUCCCUCGGAAAGGCUAAUGCAAAUAUUAUUGUGCAAGAUAGACGUACAGGACAAUUGAUUGAAGAAAAAAUGCUUGUCCAUGUACGACUGGGUAUGCGACUUGUUUAUAAGGGAAUGAAGACAGGUAUUCAAUCAAGGGGAGCGCAACGGAUCCUAACCAACUUGACCAUUCGACAAGGCCGUAAUUAUGAUUCUCCCAACUCAGCAAAGGAAAUACCAGCGUUUAUUAAAUUUCAUAAUAUCCAAUUACAUGAAGUAUGGAAACCUGUCUCUAGCUUUAAAACAUUUAAUGAAUUCUUUUAUCGAAAGUUGCGUCCUGGAUCAAGACCUGUAGAUUCUCCUGAUGACCCCACAGUUGCUGUUAGUCCUGCUGAUAGUCGUAUGACUGCAUUUGAAUCUGUAACGGAAGCAACACGUUUAUGGAUUAAAGGACUUGACUUUAGUUUAAAGAAAUUGUUAGGUAACAGCAGUUCAAAUGCUGAAAUCUUUGAAAGAGGCUCACUUGCUAUCUUUCGAUUGGCCCCUCAAGAUUAUCAUCGAUUUCACUCUCCGGUAGAUGGCGUGAUUACUCGAAUCAAACAUAUUUCUGGGCAAUACUAUACUGUAAACCCGAUGGCUAUUAGAACAACAAUUGAUGUAUUUGGAGAAAAUACACGUACAAUUAUCUGGAUGGAUUCUGAAGAAUUUGGUCAAGUAGCCAUUGUUUGUGUAGGAGCUAUGUUAGUUGGAUCUAUUAUCAUUACAGCUAAAGUAGGCUCAAAACUGAAACGCACUGAUGAAUUAGGUUAUUUUGCUUUUGGUGGUUCUACUUUGAUUACUGUCUUUCAAAAAGGGAAAAUAAGUUUUGAUUCUGAUUUAUUAGAUAAUUCAGAUAAGGCUUUGGAGACUUUGGUUCAAGUUGGUAAUCAUAUAGGUGUACUUCCUUUACAAUAAAUUAUAUAUUAUACCCCCCUUCUCUUAUUUUAUGUACAUGAUUUAAUAUUUAUUUUCUUUUAUUUACAGAAAAAAAAAAUUCU